AUGGCCAGCUGCGGGAGCAGGGCUGCCGGGGCACACGCUGUCCUAGAACACUUGCACGACGAAGACAUCGGGCAGCAGGACAGAAACUGCCGGGAAGGACUCACCAACGGAACCCCGCUUUGCAGGAACAAGGUGCUGCGGCUCUCGGGGGACCUCAGCGAGCCGGGGGAGAUGAACUGGCAGAUGAUCCUCUGCUUGGUCACCACCUGGGUCGUCGUCUACUUCUGCAUCUGGAAGGGCGUCAAGUCGACUGGGAAGAUUGUUUACUUCACGGCACUCUUCCCCUACGUGGUUCUCAUCCUGCUGCUGGUCCACGGCGUGACGCUGCCCGGGGCGCUGGGUGGCAUCGUCUACUACCUGAAACCCGACUGGUCCAAGCUGGCUGAGGCGCAGGUCUGGAUCGAUGCUGGCACCCAGAUCUUCUUCUCCUACGCCAUCGGGCUGGGCGCCCUGACCGCGCUGGGCAGCUACAACCGCUUCCACAACAAUUGCUACAGGGACGCCUACAUCCUGGCCGUGAUCAACAGCUCCACCAGCUUCUUCGCCGGCUUCGUCGUCUUCUCUGUGCUGGGCUUCAUGGCCUCCGAGCAAGGCGUGGACAUCUCUAAGGUGGCCGAGUCCGGCCCCGGGCUGGCUUUCAUCGCCUACCCCAAAGCCGUGACGCUGAUGCCCUUGUCCCCGCUCUGGGCCACGCUCUUCUUCUUCAUGCUCCUCGUGCUGGGGCUGGACAGCCAGUUUGUCGGCGUGGAGGGUUUCAUCACGGGCAUCCUGGACCUGUUCCCUCAGCCGGGGGCUGGCUCGCUGCGCCGCGAGCUCACCGCUGCGCUCUGCUGCAUCGUCUGCUGCCUCAUCGACCUCUCCAUGGUCACGCAGGGCGGCAUGUACGUGUUCCAGCUCUUUGACAACUACUCGGCCAGCGGGAUCACGCUGCUGUGGCAGGCUUUCUGGGAGUGCGUGGUCAUUGCCUGGGUCUAUGGCGCCGACCGCUUCAUGGACGACGUGGCCCGUAUGAUCGGGUACCGGCCCCUGCCCUUCAUGAAGUGGUGCUGGGCCGUGGUGACCCCGCUGGUCUGCGUGGGCAUCUUCGUGUUCCACGUGGUGAACUACAAGCCACUGACCUACAACAAGACGUACGUGUACCCGUGGUGGGGGGACGCCAUCGGCUGGGUUCUGGCACUCUCCUCCAUGCUCUGCAUCCCCUGCACCGUCCUCUACAAGCUCCUGCGCUGCAAAGGCUCCCUGCGCGAGGAGACCUUCCCCAUCCCAGUCUCACCUCCAUCCCCAUCCAAAUCCCACCCCUGUCCCCACCUCGGUCCCAUUCCCACAUGCCAAGGGGCUGCACCCAGGUCCAGGCGCUCCCUGGGUGCUGACGCGGUGUCCCCGGGUGCUGACACGGCGUCCCCGCAGCGCUGGCAGCUCCUGACCACUCCAAUCUGGGGUGGUGGGGCAACCCUGGAUCGCCUACACGGACCCCAAGUACGAGGGGGAGCCGCACGCCUUCGAGGAAGGCGAGUACCCCUCGGUGCCUUCAAAGUGGUGACAGAGGAGACCAACUUGGCAUAUGGGUACUUCAACGACCGGGUGGCCUCCCAUGUGGUGCAGCGAGGCGUCUGGCUGCUCUACCAACACCCCGGCCGGGGUGGUUGGCACUGCCUGGCGUGGCCCGGUGAGCGUCUCGCUGACUAUAAACCCGAGUUGAACUUCCAGGCUCGGUUGUCCCACCUGCGGCCGUUGCGGCCCGGGCGGCCCCUGGUCUCGGCGCGUCUCCUCUGGGAGCAGAAGCGGGUGGAGGCGGAGCGGGAGGUGCUGGUGGAUGAGAUCGAGGGGGUGAACGAGACAGACUCGGAGCAGGCGCUGGCAGCCAGCAGCAGCCGGGAGUAUGGCACCACGCUCUGGCAGAGCUUCCACUUCAGCAACGCCACCAGCCUCAAAGCUGGGCUCGCCUUCACGCUGACCGUGGAAGCCUCCAACAUCUUCACGGUGCAGAAAGGGCGCAGCGAAUCCAACACCCGCCGGCAACGCGUGGAGGUGCAGCUGCCGGCUAAGAUCCCCCCGCGCACGGCACUCAGCAUCCAGGUCUUGAGAAAGGAGGUGACACUUUCCGUCCCGGUCCUGCUGACCAUCACCCAGAACGAAGCCGUCCGUACGGAGAUGGGCGAGUACCGCAGCGUCUCGGCCAGCUCAGCCCACGCUGAGCACCACGCGCGUGGUGGCCUGGGGCAAGGGCUGCCUCCAGCUGCUGGCCACGGCCUCCUGGCUAAAGCCACCCCCCCCGGGCUGGGCCGUGCCCCUGGCCCCCGGGGUGCCCUGUCCGCAGGGGAGGCGCGGAGCCGGCUGCGCUGGGCGGACGGGAAGACCAUCAAGAACGAGGUGGACCUGCAGGUGCUGCAUUUGCUGGGGCCAAAGACAGAAGCUGACCUGGAAAAGAAACCAAAGGCUGCGAAGGCCCGGCUGGCCCCAGCAGAGAAGCAGAAGGUGGUUGUGGUGGAGAACGGUGAGGUGGGCACGGAGACGCGGUCACUGAUGGAGCAGCUGCGGGGAGAAGCCCUCAAGUUCCACAAGCCGGGAGAGAACUACAAGACAGAGGGCUACGUGGUGACACCCAACACCAUGGCUCUGCUGAAACAUCACCUGACAGUCACGGGUGGGCAGGUGCGGACACGGUUCCCUCCUGAGCCCAACGGGAUCCUGCACAUCGGCCAUGCCAAGGCCAUCAACUUCAAUUUUGGCUAUGCCAAGGCCAACGGUGGCGUGUGCUUCCUGCGCUAUGACGACACCAACCCCGAGAAGGAGGAGGAGAAGUACUUCACAGCCAUCCGGGAGAUGGUGGAGUGGCUGGGCUACCAGCCCUACGCAGUGACCCAUGCAUCAGAUUACUUUGACCAACUGUACACCUGGGCCCUGGAGCUCAUCCGCAGGGGCCAGGCGUACGUCUGCCAUCAGAAGGUUGAGGAGAUCAAGGGCCACAACCCACCACCCUCCCCAUGGCGGGACCGGCCUGUGGAGGAGUCGCUCCUGCUCUUUGAGGACAUGCGAAAGGGCAAGUUUGGGGAGGGGGAGGCCACACUGCGGAUGAAGUUGGUGAUGGAGGAUGGGAAGAUGGACCCUGUCGCCUACCGUGUCAAGUUCACUCCGCACCACCGCACCGGGGACAAGUGGUGCAUCUACCCCACGUAUGACUACACACACUGCCUCUGCGACUCCAUCGAGCACAUCACACACUCCCUCUGCACCAAGGAGUUCCAGGCCAGGCGCUCCUCCUACUUCUGGCUGUGCAACGCGCUGGAUGUCUACUGCCCCGUGCAGUGGGAGUACGGGCGCCUGAACCUGCUCUACACCGUCGUUUCCAAGAGGAAGAUCAUCCAGCUGGUGGAGACGGGUGCUGUGAGGGACUGGGAUGACCCGCGGCUCUUCACACUGACGGCCCUGCGCCGGAGAGGCUUCCCCCCCGAGGCCAUCAAUAACUUCUGUGCCCGGGUCGGUGUGACAGUGGCCCAGGCGACGAUGGAGCCACAUCUGCUGGAGGCAUGUGGAAGGGAUCUGAGCUGGGGUGGGAAUGGGGUUCCUCAAGGUCAACAUUCACCCCCUCCUUCUCCCCAGGCACUUGAGGUCCUUGUGCCCAACUUCCCAGCUGAUGAGAGCCGGGGUUUUCACAAAGUGCCCUUCCAGUCUACCGUCUACAUCGAGGAGACGGACUUCAGGGAGGAGGUGGACAAGGGCUACAAGCGCCUGGCCCCCGGGCAGCCAGUGGGGCUGCGCCACGCUGGUUAUGUCAUCGCUAUCCAGAACGUCAUCAAGGACGCCAGUGGGCAUGUGAUCGAGCUGGAGGUGACCUGCACCAAGUCGGACGUGGCGGAGAAGCCCAAAGCCUUCAUCCACUGGGUGUCGGAGCCGCUGGUGUGUGAAGUGCGGCUCUACGAGCGGCUGUUUUUGCACAAAAAUCCCGAGGACCCGUCAGAGGUGCCCGGUGGCUUUCUGAGUGACCUCAAUCCUGACUCCCUGCGCGUGGUCCGCAGCGCCCUGGUCGACAGCUCCGUUCUCUCCGCCCGGCCCUUCGAUAAAUUCCAGUUUGAGCGACUGGGUUACUUCUCAGUGGAUCCUGACAGCGAGGAGGGGAAGAUGGUGUUCAACCGGACAGUGACGCUGAAGGAGGACCCCGGCAAGGCCUGAGGGCCCCUCCGCUGCUGCCCCGCCGCCGUGGUGCUGCUUCCCCGGGGAUCCCUGUGCACCCCCAGAGCCGCCGUGCCUUGGCGCAGCCCCCCAGGGCGCCCCCCAGCAUCGUCUCAAUAAAUGGAGCAUCCCA